UGUAAUCAUUCUCCACUCUUGUUCUUCAUCUCCCAUCCUCUCCCUAUCAUUACAUUAAGGAUGAAUAUCUAAAUUACCAAUAACAAAAAUACUGGAGAAGAAACUAACAUCUAGACCCAAAUCAGACGAAUCUAAUUGUGGCAAUGCUAAUGGCGAGAUGAGAUGAUGACGACGAUUAUGGCGAUGGAAGCGUAGUCCGGACAAUAAUACAAACAGAACUUAGUAGUUGGAAAUUAUUGAAGCAAGUUCAAAAUGACUUCGGGGUUGGAAAAUGAUGAAGAGAAGAAUGCUAACAAAGGUACUAUGUGGGAUAUGGAGCGAAAACUUGAUCAACCGAUGGACGAGGAAGCAGGAAAGCUCAAAAAUAUGUAUAGAGAAAAAAAGUUUUCUUCAUGGUUGGUUAUUCGGCUUGCAUAUCAGAGUCUCGGUGUAGUUUAUGGAGAUUUGGGAACUUCUCCGUUGUACGUUUUCUAUAACACGUUUCCUCACGGAGUUGAUGAUCCAGAGGAUGUGAUCGGAGCUCUUUCGUUGAUCAUUUACUCGCUUACUCUUGUCCCGUUGCUCAAAUAUGUUUUUAUUGUGUUACGAGCGAAUGACAAUGGUCAAGGUGGAACACUGGCUUUAUAUUCCUUGCUCUGUCGACAUGCGAAUAUAAAAACCAUUCCCAACCAGCAUCGCACGGAUGAAGAUUUAACAACAUAUAGCCGGACUACAAUCCAUGAAAGGUCGUUUGCUGCGAAAACGCAAAGAUGGUUAGAGGGAAAUUUUAUGAAACAUGCCCUUCUUAUUCUUGUCCUUGUUGGUACCUGCAUGGUGAUUGGAGAUGGUAUUCUUACUCCGGCUAUAUCUGGUUUGUUUUCUGUCUCAACGAUCUUCUUGUUCCAUUUAUUUGUCUUGUUUCUUGAAACGCAAGCUUUCUGUUUUAUUUAUCCGAUGAAAUUUUCCGAUGUAGUUUUAUCUGCUGCUGGUGGCAUUAGAGUAAACAAACCUGAAAUCGAUAACAGAGUAAUUGUGAUUAUUGCUGUUAUAAUAUUAGUUGGGCUAUUCAGCGUGCAACAUUACGGUACAGAUAGAGUUGGUUGGCUCUUCGCUCCAAUCGUUCUGGUUUGGUUACUCCUAAUUGGAGGCAUAGGUAUAUACAACAUUCGUAGAUUCGGUGGCGGAGUCCUGAGAGCCUUUUCGCCUCUCUAUAUGUAUCGGUAUAUAAGAAACGGAAAAAAAGAGAGUUGGCUUUCCCUUGGAGGCAUCUUGCUCAGCAUAACCGGGACAGAAGCUCUUUUUGCCGACUUAGCCAAUUAUCCAGUCUCAUCGGUACAACUUGCAUUUACUCUUCUUGUGUUUCCUUGUCUUCUUUUAGCGUAUUCUGGACAGGCGGCUUAUCUGGUGAAUAACUUGCAUCAUUCACAAGAUGUUUUUUAUCGCUCUAUUCCAGAUAAAAUAUACUGGCCAGUAUUUAUUAUUGCAACAAUAGCAGCAAUAGUUGCAAGCCAGGCGACAAUAACAGCAACCUUUUCAAUCAUUAAGCAAGCUCUUGCUCAUGGCUGUUUCCCAAGAGUCAAAGUCGUACAUACAUCGAAAAAGUUCCUUGGCCAGAUAUAUAUCCCGGAUAUCAAUUGGAUGCUUAUGGUUCUUUGUAUUGCUGUUACUGCUGGCUUUAAAAAUCAAAGUCAGAUUGGAAAUGCAUAUGGCACUGCAGUUGUGUUAGUCAUGUUGGUUACAACACUGCUGAUGAUUUUGGUCAUGAUAUUAGUUUGGCACUGUCAUUGGAUUCUUGUGAUUGCGUUUACUGGCUCAUCAUUGCUUGUCGAAUGCACAUACUUUUCUGCUGUACUCUUCAAAGUCGAUCAAGGUGGGUGGGCGCCACUUGCAAUUGCUGGAGUAUUUCUGGUUAUUAUGUAUGUCUGGCAUUAUGGUACACUGAAGCGUUACGAGUUUGAAUUGCAUAGUAAAGUCUCAAUGGCAUGGAUUCUCGGUCUCGGUCCCAGUUUAGGACUAGUUCGUGUCCCCGGAAUCGGCCUAGUCUACACAGAACUCGCAAGUGGAGUUCCCCACAUAUUUUCUCAUUUUAUUACCAACCUACCAGCCAUUCAUUCCGUUGUUGUUUUCGUCUGUGUGAAAUAUCUUCCCGUCUACACUGUCCCGGAAGACGAACGGUUCCUUGUCAAGCGUAUCGGACCAAAGAACUUCCACAUUUUUCGAUGUGUGGCGCGGUAUGGAUAUAAAGACCUGCAUAAGAAAGACGACAGUUUUGAGAAGAAACUCUUUCACAACCUUUUCAUGUUUGUUCGACUUGAAUCCAUGAUGGAAGAUUGCUCUGAUUCGGAAUACAGUAUAUGCGAACAGCAAAACGAACAGUCGAUUAACAAUGGGAACACAAACUCAGUGAGAAAAGGGGAUUUAACAAUUUCAUCUGUUGACUCAAUAGUUCCUGCAAGAUCGCCGCAUGUUACUUUUCAAUCAUCUAGCCCUAGCAAUGAGGUUGAUGAAUAUGAAUUUUUAACCAACUCUAGAGAAGCUGGUGUUGUUCACAUACUAGGAAACACAGUUGUGAUUGCUAGUAGGGAUUCGAGAUUCUACAAGAAAAUAGCAGUUGAUUAUAUAUAUGCAUUUCUUAGAAAGAUAUGCAGGGAAAAUAGUGUGAUCUUCAAUAUUCCUCAUGAGAGUCUCUUAAAUGUUGGUCAAGUUUUCUAUGUAUAGUCCAUAUUUUCCCCAUAUUUACUUUAUUUAAAGAUCAAUAAAAUUGUUUAUCA